UAUUAUUUUUAGGAGCGCCAAUGAAACUUCAACUUAAGAGGUGCUGGGAAAACUUGAAAACGCAAUUGCAGGUAUCACGUGAUAGAAGGAAGAAGGCAGCACAAAGAAAUUAAAGAACUAUAGACAUGGCACAAGAACCUUUCUGCAAAACAAAAGAUCAAACAGUUAGAAGGUGACGAUGGAAGGUACUAUCCAAUGCAACGCUAACUACGUUCCUCUCACUCCAAUCAGCUUUUUGGAACGUUCAGCCAUUGUUUACAGUAACAAAGUCUCCAUCAUCUACAACGAUGUCACCUACACAUGGUCUCAAACUCAUCAACGAUGCAUCAAACUCGCUUCUUCCAUUUCUCAACUCGGUGUUUCUCCUCAUCAUGUGGUUGCUGUGUUGGCUCCCAAUAUUCCAGCAAUGUAUGAGUUGCAUUUUGGUGUUCCAAUGUCAGGGGCUGUUCUAUGUACCUUGAAUACUCGUCAUGAUUCAUCGAUGGUUUCGUUGCUGUUAAAGCAUUCCGACGCAAAAAUCCUUUUUGUUGAUCAUGAAUUACUUGAUAUUGCUAAGGGAGCACUUGAAAUAUUGUCUAAAUCGACGGCCAAGCUUCCACUUUUGGUCUUAAUUUUGGAGGGUGAUGCACAUCCAUCAGUCUCUCCCGGAACAUUGAUCUAUGAGAAUCUUAUAUCCGAAGGGAAACUUGAUUUUGAGGUGAAAAGACCAAAAGAUGAAUGGGAUCCAAUUUCUUUGAAUUACACUUCUGGAACAACAUCAAGUCCUAAAGGUGUAGUAUAUAGCCACAGAGGUGCUUAUCUUAAUUCUUUGGCUACAAUUCUUCUCAAUGAGAUGAAGUCUAUGCCGGUGUAUUUAUGGUGUGUUCCCAUGUUUCAUUGCAAUGGAUGGUGUCUUCCUUGGGGUAUUGCUGCUCAAGGUGGCGCAAAUGUUUGCCAAAGAAAUGUAACUGCUAAAGGGAUAUUUGACAAUAUUUUUAAGCACAAAGUAACACACACGGGGGGUGCACCAACAGUUCUGAACUCAUUAAUAAAUGCACCACCUGAUAUCAGAAAGCCACUUCCGAGGAAGGUGGUAGUGAUGACAGGUGGUGCUCCACCGCCACCGGACGUAUUUUUUAGGAUGGAAGAACUAGGAUUUGAUUUAGUUCAUUCAUAUGGUUUGACAGAAACUUAUGGUCCUGGAUCAAUUUGCACAUGGAAACCAGAAUGGAGUAGCCUGUCUCGAGAGGAGCAGGCGAAAAAGAAGUCGCGUCAAGGAGUACAACAUAUUGGACUGGAAGGACUUGACAUAAAAGAUCCUGUCACAAUGAAGAGUGUACCGGCUGAUGCGAAAACCAUGGGUGAGGUGAUGUUUAGGGGAAACACUGUGAUGAAUGGAUAUCUAAAGGAUUUAAAAGCAACACAAGAGUCGUUUAAAGGUGGAUGGUUUAGGACUGGUGACUUGGGAGUAAAGCAUUCUGACGGUUACAUAGAACUUAAGGAUCGGUCGAAGGAUAUUAUCAUAUCCGGGGGAGAAAACAUUAGCACAAUUGAGUUGGAAGGUGUUAUUUAUAGUCAUCCAGCAGUUGUUGAGGCAGCUGUUGUUGGGAGACCUGAUGAGUAUUGGGGAGAGACACCUUGUGCGUUUGUGAAGUUGAAGGAAGGGCACAAUGCUACGGAAGAAGAGAUAAUACAAUUCUGUCAAAAGCGUUUGCCUCGCUUUAUGGCUCCAAAAACUGUCGUGUUUGCUGAUCUGCCAAAGACAUCAACCGGCAAGACACAAAAAUAUGUUUUGAAGGAGAAGGCAAAGGCUAUGGGAAGCUUGUCUAAGAAAAAGAAUACAAGCCGAUUGUAAUACAUUUCAAAAGAAAAUAAAAGUGAAUGUAAUAAUGUUCUUCAAUGUUAUAUUGGGAUUUCAAGUUAGUACUUUUGAUAUGCAUGUAAGAUUUGUUUCUUUGCUUGAAGAAAGCUUCAAUUGGACUAACUUGAUCUUCUUUCUUUUUCCAGUGA